AUGACACUCGGGGCAGAGACCCCACUAGUGGAGGCCGCCAAGCUGAUGGCAGAGCAAGCGGGAGGCAAGUUCUCCUGUCACCAUCUCCUGGUCCAGGUGGCCUCAGGCCAACAGGAUGCCUCGGGACGGCCCUUGAAAGCGCGGCUCCUCUCUGCCUUGGACAUUGCCAACGGCAUGAUUGAGGCAGCGAAGAGUUCCGUGGCAGCAGAGCGGGCUCUGGCUUUGUCCGUAAGGCAUGUCAUGAAGCCACGCACAUCUGUUCCUACCUGCGCUUCUAGCCAGAGUGUGUUGGAGGCCUUUCGCCUCCUGUCGGGCUCACAGCAGAACUGCGUCCUGGUGACGGGUGAGAAGGAUGAGGAGGCCUCUGAGGAGGACAACGUGAAUGAAGACUCCACAAGAGGGGCUGCUCGGUCUUCUUGUCAGUUGAUCAACGCGUUUGGGCUUUCGCUUCGAUCUGCCUCCAACGAUGUGUCUCCAGUCCCAAUUGAGGUCGUGACGCCCGUGGAUGCGUUGCUGGCAUUCUCGGAGAAGAUUACUGGAGAGAAGCGGAUCUUGCGAGACUGGGUUCGUGGUGUGAAUGUUGACGAGUCCACAUCGCUGGCAUCAGCUGCCUCCAUGAUGGCCUGCACAGGGCAGCACCAUCUGCUUGUGGUUCUUGGCGUGGUGUCCGCGCUGGACAUCGUGCGUGCUCUCAGCCACCGGGUCAACCAUGAUGCUGGCAAUCAGUAUGACUUUCCAAGACUGAAGCAGUCCUUCUGCCAAGGAGCUAGUGUCUACGAUCCCAUCUACGCCUAUGGACUUGCAGUCCACCAGGUCGAAUCUAAUACCAUCUCCUUGGAUUCCUACCUAUUCAACAUUUGGUUCCAGCUUCCACAGCAAAGUGUGCGCUGUGCAGCUGCAGCUGCCCCUGGUGCAGGCCGAAAGCAGAUAAAGGUGGACAGGCGCAUCCAUUUUCGGGCAGUUCUGGGACGGUGCAAGAGGGUGCGAUACCUUCAGACCGUGGAUGAGUGUGCCAGACACACGACAGAGGCCAUCCGCGUGGUGGCUGCAGAAGCUUUAGGAGUCCUUGCAACUGCAAGGUUCAAGCCAGAGCUUUGUAGCAAAUGCGUGGACACCUACCUGAAGGGUCUUCAGAAAGCUGACGAAACAAUUGCUGCCAGGCGUGGCUUCGCACUGUGCCUCGGCGCGAUGCCGAUGUCAACGCUGGCCGAAAGGAGGGCUGACGUGCUCACGGCAUUGUGCAAGGAGGUGCAAGCGGUGGGACUUCCAGGCGGAAAGGACCAGGAGGACCCGACCACACGCCAGUAUGCAGUGCUCUCUCUGGGCAGCCUUUGUGUUGGCUCCACUCUCUCAGCGGAAGAGAUGUCCUUGCUGCUCUCUGCACUGCAGGCUGCCAUGCGGGACUACGCCACAGACCGGCGAGGUGAUGUGGGGUCCUGGGUUCGUGAGGUGGCCAUGGAGGUGAUUGCGGCCAUCCUUGAAGAACAGCGAAAUCAGCCAGAGCCUUGCCCUGCGCUGCCGGAUGCAGCGUGCACUACAAAGUUGGUGUCACUGCUCCUGCAGCAGGCAGUGGAGAAGAUUGAUCGUCUGCGUGAUCGUGCUUAUGGCCUCCUAUGCUCGCUGUUGUGCGGCUGUCAGCACGGCCUGGACUUCGCGAAGCAGCGUGUCCUGCAUGGAGAGGCCUACGAUGCGCUGGGUUUGGCUGCGGCAGCAGAGGCAGCAAGUCCAGUGCCUGCUCGACAAGCCUGGCCGCCUGCGGAGGUGAAUCAACUGUCAGGAUGCUUGCAGCCUUCAAAGACUGUGAAGUCCGAGCUGUCAGAGCAUAAGCCUGAGGCAGACCGCACGGCAGUCUUUGAUGCACUGACGCCUCUCCUAGCAGUGGAGGAAUAUCGGCCUUCGUUGCUUCUUGGCUUAGUGGUGUCGGUGGGUGGAAUCACCGAACAUACCGCCAAGGAGGCCAAGAAAGCGCUCCUGCGACACUUGACCUCUGAAAAUACACAGCGACAGGUGUGCCAGGAGCUGCUGCAUAUUUUCGACCUGGCAGGGCUCAAGGAUGCGGCCGCGGAGGCAAAGCGUCUGUUGGCACCACUGCUCAACACCAUGGGCAUCCUGCUUGCGCAGGACUGUGUGCCUCGAGAGUUUGCGCGAGACGUCUUCGACCGAACAGUCAGGGCAGUCCGAACCUCCCGUGACAUUGGCCGCUUGAGAGCUUCUGUUGCCGUCUUCAUUGGCUUGAUGAAAUGGCCAGGCGCUUUGCGCCGGGACGCGUUGGGCCUGCUACUGCAGUUUCUCGGCUACAGCUUUCCGACUGUGCGGCAAGCAACUGCGCAGGCUCUUUACAUCAGGCUGCUGGAAGAGGAGGGCGACCUUGACCUAUCCACAGAGGCUUCAGAACUCGAGGCAGGGUACGCCGUGCCAAAAUCGGAGCAUUCUGAGGUUCAGGGUGCCAUCGUUAAAGCAGAUGAUGUCGCCGAGGUCCUGGAGCUUGUCUCCACUACGCCCUGGGCCACGGAUGAGGAAGCAACUCUCGGGAAGGCGUUGACUGAGGUGUAUGCGAAGCUGCGCGUGGAGCUUCCGACCAGCGGGCGGUCGAUCCUGGCGCCAAAGAAGCCCAAAGAGGAGCAACCGCGCGAGGCACACUACGCUGACCUGGUUCGGGAAAACCACUACUGA